UUCCCAACGCCGCUGUGCCCAAUCCCCAUGCAGGGCGUGAUCUCGCGGCGUUAGUUUGAAUGAGGCUCUCGCGUCUGUUCUUCUCCAAUAGAGCGCUUCCUGGAUGGGGUGCAGAAUGUUUGGAGUCUGAAAGAAUUCCACUUGCUAAGUCAUCCUCAGGGUUUUUAAAUGUCUUUACUUCUGGAACUUAUUAGACAGCUGUUGGAUUACCUGGGCAUUCCAACUGACAGGUUUGUGCCAAUAUGGGAACGUUAUAUUCACCGACGUAGUUUCCUGCGCAAUUUAGGAAAUCGUCUUCCUGCGGUAUUAUUUCGAGGAGUAGAUAUCCAGUUGCUGCAAGUAUACGAGCGUAAAGACUAUGGCUGGUCACGUAGCUUGGUUCGAAUCAUUGGAACUUUGCUACCACUGGAGCCCUACCAUAGACCUAAUUUCCAGCGGUUCUUAGAUCCUGGAGUCCCCAAUCCUAAAGGAUAUGGAGCAGUCUGCAGGCCUGAUAUUCCCUCUCUAGCCGAUGCUCCAUGUCUAUUCGAUGAUGAUGCAGCUAUAUUUUAUUCCAGAUUUAGACAUGCUUUUCCAUCAGAGAAAUCAGUGGGACAUAGUGAAAACAAUCCAGGAUGUAUGCUAAUUCCAGGUAGUCUUGCUCCUAGUGAACAUGCUAUUCAGAAGAUAGCAGCUUUGGAAGAUGAGCUGGUGCAGCUGCGAGCACAGAUCGCUGCAAUUGUUGCCAUUCAAGAAUCCAAAAAUCUACAAUCUUGUUCUGAAACUAUUUGCUCAUUUGGCAGUCCCAGUAAUGCUUUUCCGCCACCGUAUUUAGCUUCUACACCCCUUUCUCUACAGUUCAUGCAAACUGCAACACCUGCCCCACCGCCGCCGCCUCCACCACCACCACCACCACUUCCAGUUAAGCUUAACUCUGCAAAAUCUGCAAUUGACCUUAUAAAAGAACGUAAGGCAUCUCAAAUGAAGAGCCCAAUACAACAGGAAGAGGCAGAGAAAGACAGUGUGACUAAGUUUCCCAGUAUGUUGGAUGUUUUGAAAGAUAUGAACUCGAUUAGACUUCGGGCUGUUGAAAGAUCCCCAGGAGGUACACCAUUAGCAAGCAAAAACAAGAAGAGGCGUUCUCUAAAUGACCCUGCAGCUAUUAUAGCUCAUGCCUUAAAGCAGAAGUUUGCACACAGACACAAAGAUGACUCAUUCGAUAAAGAAAAUAGAUCUCAUGAGGAAUCUCCAUUCUCAAGUCCUGAAAAUCCAAUGUUUGGUCGCCACCUACUGAAGCCUGUUGGAAAGAGAACGCAGAAAGAAAUGUCAAAAAAGCAAGUGUCUAUAAGAUCUGGAGCCCAUGCGUAGAUUUGUAUGCAAUCCCUUCUGGAUGAGACUUGUUGUAAACAAGUGAGAAUCUGUUCAAUGCUGUCUGUAGUCCAGUCAAGCCUGGGUCUGCACUUACGUUUUUUAAUUUUCCUUUAUUACUAGGAUAUCACAAUUUUAAGUCCGUUUUACUGUAAAAGUUUUUAUUUAUUUUUAAGUGAGAAGUUUGAAGUGCUGCAAGAUGGCUAGAGAUAAAAUUUGCAUGUCAUUCGGGUAUUCAGAAUAUUUUAUUUUUUUAUCCUUUUAUUAAUGUUUUCUUUUUACUGUCUUGUGCUUAGACUGGCAAUCGUGAACUACUCUGCAUUCCUUUGGCAAUGGGCAGUCUAUAGCAUGAAAAAAUAAGCAUAUUCCACUGCUAGUAUUAAUAUUCUAUAUUCUAGCAGAUUAUAAUCCAACUAACAGUUAGUAUGAGUACAUACAGAAAUGCUAAACUGCUUUACUCACUGGCUUUCUAGUUAUUGGCUCUUUUGACACGUUAGGUUAGUUAUCCAACAUUUGACAUGUUCCUAUAUGAAUCGUGAAUGUAGUGGGGGUCAUUCAGAGUUGCUCGCUAGCUAGUUUUAGCAGCUGUGCAAACGCUAUGCCGCCGCCGCCCACUGGGGAGUGUAUCUUAGUUUAGCAGAAGUGCGAACGCAUGUGCAGCCGAGCUCUGCAAAACCAGUUUGUGCAGUUUCAGAGUAGCUCUGAACCUACUCAGUGCUGGCGAUCACUUCAGCCUAUCCGUGUCCGGAUUUGACGUCAUACACCCGCCCAGCGAACGCCCACCCACGCCUGCGUUUUUUAAGACACGCCUUCAUUUUUGGUAAUCCUCCCUGAAAACGGUCGGUUGACACCCAGACACGCCCCCUUUCUGUCAAUCUUCUUGCGGUUGUCAGUGCAACUGAAAACUUCGCUAGAACCUGUGCACAACCACAACGGGCUUUGUCCCCGUACGUCACGCAUACGCAUGCGCAGAAAUGCCGUUUUUUUAGCUUGAUCGCUGCGCUGCGAACAACGGCAGCUAGCGAUCAACUCUGAAUGACCCCCAGUGUGUACUGUUUGGUCAUACCUUGAAUUCACUGCAGCUUGGUUCAAGAGUAAAGUGCAGUGGGUUUUCUCCUGUGUGAUAGACAGUCAAUGCCAUAUUUUACAGGUAGCAAAUAAAGCUGUGUUUUAUAGAAGAUAAGCAAUAAGGGCAUAGCUUGUGGUUUUGUGCUUCAUGUGACAUCACCCACCCCAAUAAACAUAUCCGUUUUCUGUUUCGGAACCUUUAUGGAUAGCAAAUGAACCAAAACUUAGAGCUAGAUCUAUCAAAGCUUGAAGAGAGCUAAAGUACCAACCAAUCAGCUCAACUGAUAUUUUUCAAACACCGACUGUAAAGUUACAGGAGCUGAUUGGUUGGUAUUUUCUCUGUCAAAGCUUUCAUAAAUCUGCACCAUAAUUUCCUUCAUGGGACUGGCAUUGCCGAAGGAUUCUAAUAUGGGAGUCAAUGGGACAACAGUCACAUUGUCGGCAGCGUAAUGUCGAGCACAGUAUGCCGACAAGGUACUGAUGUUAGUAUAAAGCAAGGGCAAAAUACAGUAAUGUAACAAUGUUAAGGAGCAGUUUGAAGAUAAAAUCAAUCCAGACACUUUUCCACAGACCUCUGACUAGUUUUGCUCAAUGUCAAGGCUUUAUCAAAGAUAAUUAUAACUUUAAACUUGAUAUUUUCCCAUAAUGUUUAAAAACUAAAGGUGCAUACACACGGUCAGAUUCGGGCUAACCCCGAUUCUCACUAUGCGACAGGGGCUAGGUCAGCAUCGCAAGCAUAUAAUGACUGUGCUUGCGAUACUGACUGUGCGAUUUUGGCUAAGUGUCAAUUUUGACUAUCUAAUCUACGAGAUAGACUCUGCAGAGGCAAGUCAAUUUUGACUAUCUAGGCUUGCGAUGCCGACUGCGCAUCGGCAUCACAUCGGGAUCGCAAGGUGAUUUUCACCUUGCGAUCUGCACUAACUUUUCUUACGAUUUUGACUAUAUAGUCAAAAUUGUAAGAAAUUAUCUCACCGUGUGUACACACCAUAAGUGCCAACACUGUUAUAAUGCUGCAACUAACAUUAGUACCUUAUCAUACUGUACUUGACAUUACACUGCUGACCAUGUGAUAGUUGAAAUUGUGCCCGUUGGUACAUCAUACCAAUUAAGAUAAUCUACAGUAACACCAUAGCAACCAAUCAGUAAAUAGUUUCUAUCAUUUUUAUUUGAAGUUAGACUAUGAAAGCAUAUGUUGUACAGGUUGAGUAUCCCUUAUCCAAAAUGCUUGGGACCAGAGGUAUUUUGGAUAUCGGAUUUUUCCGGAUUUUGGAAUAAUUGCAUACCAUAAUGAGAUAUCAUGGCAAUGGGACCUAAGUCUAAGCACAGAAUGCAUUUAUGUUACAUAUACACCUUAUACACACAGCCUGAAGGUCAUUUAAUACAAUACUUUUUAUAACUUUGUGCAUUAAACAAAGUGUCUACAUUCACACAAUUAAUUUAUGUUUCAUAUACACCUUAUACACACAGCCUGAAGGUCAUUUAAUACAAUAUUUUUAAUAGCUUUGUGUAUUAAACAAAGUUUGUGUACAUUGAGCCAUCAAAAAACAAAGGUUUCACUAUUUCACUCUCACUCAAAGUCCGUAUUUCGGAAUAUUCCGUAUUUCGGAAUAUUUGGAUAUGGGAUACUCAACCUGUGUUGGUCGCUGUGGUUUUAGUAUACAUUUGCACCUUGGAGCAAUGUUGGCAAAUAACCCUCAUAGACUGCAUGCAGUAACUUUUGUUGGUGUGUGUUUAUAUUUGAACUUUGCAGUGCUGUCUGUCUUAUCACCUGCUUUUAUUCAGUAUUUCAGGAUGCUUUUUGCCUAUUCUUUAAAGAAGUGAGAAUUGAACGCUGUGGUCGUUGAACAUUAGGGGAGGGGUGGAAGUCUAACAAUCCCUAUCAAUACUCCUUAAAACACCUGCUCUGCUCCUCUGAGCAGGGAAGCGCUGCACGGCCUGUGAUGAUAGUGGGUACAGCCAAUGGUUAAACUACUGCCAUUGCAGGUGGUACAGUAGCUACAAGCAUGUCAUGUCCGUGUUUGCCUUCUUCUUUACAUCUAGAUCCAAUAGCGACUGCAUUGGUGGCAGUUCUUUUUUUAAAUAAUGGAACCGUUAUGGUUUAAGAGUGUUUAUAGUUAUUACAUUACAGGUUGUUUCCCAUAUCCGAAAUGCUUGGGACCAGAAGGUUUUUAGAUAUUGGAUUUUUCCAUGGUUUGGAAUAUUUGCAUACCAUAAUGCAUUUAUGUUUAAUAUACACCUUAUACACAUAGCCUGAAGGUAAUUUUAUCCAGUAUUUGUAAUAAUUGUGCAUGAAACAAAGUUUGUGUACAUUGAAUCAUCAGAAAGCAAAGAUGUCCCUAUCUCAAUCGGGCUAAAAGGACUCAACCUGUGAUACAGUAUGAUCUGAUUUCUGCUUAAUAUUUUCUUAUCCAGUCAUAAGUAAAGGAGUGCUUGAUAGGUGAAUCAGAACACCUUUCUGUUAAAUAGAAUUUUGCAGCAUUCAUAUACAGUGGUAGUUUGUGAACCCUUUAGAAUAUUCUGACUUGUGCAUGAAUGUGACAUUAAGGGGCCGAUUCAUUUAGCCACGGAUGCGGCCAUAGUUCUGUUUUAUGAUUUUUAUAUAGAGCAUGGUCACCCAACUGAUUGUCAUCCCAUUAAUUGACACUCCUGACUAAUUAUGGGCGAGCUUUAUCAAAGCUUGGAGAGGGAUAAAGUAGCAAAAAAUCAGCUCCUAACUACCAUUUUUCAAACACAGCCUGUAAAAUGGCUAUUAGGAGCUGAUUGGUUGGUACUUUCUCUCUCCAAAAUUUGAUACAUCUCCCAUGUAUUAGUCCUUAACUAAAUUAAUAAACCUAUAGGAUCAUAUAUUUUAUAUGUUAAGUUUUCAAGCUGUGUCAUUACAAGAUAUUUCAUCAAAGCCAAAGUGAGAGCAGUGUCCUUUUGUACUUGGCAAAUUGAGUAGUGUAAUUGUUAUGGCUGUCUAUCAACUUAUUUUUGCUCUUACUAGUGGGGUGGAUUACCUUGGUGUCAUGGGAAAUACGUUGUCAGUUUUAAGUGUCAUUUUAUAUUAGUUUUGAACUGCUUAAAAGAAAAUGGAAAGCUAGGCAGCCGCUGUAGGAGAUUUGAUUCCAACCAUGGGCAUGUGUGUUUUUGUAUUUGUAAAUUUUUGGUAACCUUCAUGUACUUUGAGUUUCUACCACAGUCCCCACCACCACCACCUCAAAAAAACAACACAAUUUUAAUUUUAUUUUGUGUUUCAUAUCUUGUAAGUAAGAAAUUUAGGAUGUUGGCUGCACUGAUGCAAAAUAUGUACAGCAUAUGAUUGAUGCUAUAAAAAUACAAUUAAUAACAUGCCUCUUUAAUAUUUAUAUUAUUGUAUUACAAUAUCUAUAUAUACACACUUUCUAGAUCAGUGCUUCUCAAACUGUGCCACUAGUAGGUCCUUGAAAUGUGGUAAGGGUUCGAAAAAAAGUCCCCACAGGUUGUGCCCAGCAGACCCAUCCGCAGCUGUCAUUCUGAUGCUCCUGAAACGGAAUAGCCAUUGAAGCAAGAGAGCGAUCUCCUGCCCUCCAUUCUGCUCCAAAGGUUCUGAGGGCAUGUGGGGUAUCACUCCAGCAUACAAAAUGUAUGAGGAGGGUACUGAGGCCAUGUGGGAGGAUCAGAUGGACAUAUAAAUGGUAUGUGAGAGGAUCUGCUGGGCAUAUAAAGGGCAUGUGGGAGGAUCUGAUGGGCAUAUAAAGGGCAUGUGAGAAGAUCUGAUGGGCAUAUAAAUGGCACGAGGGAGGAUCUGAUGGGCAUAUAAAUGGCACGAGGGAGGAUCCGAUGGGCAUAUAAAUGGCACGAGGGAGGAUCUGAUGGGCAUAAAUGGCAUGAGGGAGGAACUGAUGGCCAUAUAAAUGGCAUGGAUCUGAUGGUUUGUACUGUUAAAAGCAUGUGGAGUAGGCGUUUUAAAGGGUAUGUCUAGCACAUUAUGAUACAGUAUGGUUAGUUUACGUUUGUUGAGAACUUUUUAAGGUUUUGGGUGACUUAUGUGGAUGUCAUUCUUCUAGCGUCAUGGCAGGAAAAAGUUUGAGAACCACUGUUCUAGAGGGUUUCUUUGGCAGCUUUGGGGUAUUAGUAACUUGUAGUAUUGUAGAUUAUUUUGUUUAAAAGAGCCCAUCUAAGAGAAAAAUCACCCCUAUUAAGAAAAUAAUACAAAAUGAACGCUGCUAAUUUAAAAAAACAACCUAAUUAUUUUAUUUCCUUUAUUGCACUAUUGCAUAUUGCUACUUUUUUCAUGUCUAUUUACAUGUUAAUAUACGUAACUUUUUUUUCUUACAUUUUACAAUCUUGCAAAGUCUUAAAGUGCUGCUAUCACAAAGUUUAUAUGCUUAUUGCACAGUAAUGUGU